AUGGCUCGCCCUUGGGUUUUCUGUCUCCUCCUGGCCUCUUGCUCCACCGCCGCCUACUCUGACAGCUGGAUGCCGCUGGUUAACCUCACCCAACGCCUCCUCCAGGAGGCUAACUCCUCCUUCUCUUCCAACUGCUGGGUCUGCUUAUCCAUGCAAACCCAGCGCUCCCUAGCCAUGCCAGCCCCGCUCAGGACUUGGACAGAGACACCCAUGAAACUUCGCAUCAUGUACUCGGCCCGGACCCUCUCCGGCCCUUACCCUAUUACCGACCUCGAGAGACGCCUCCAGAAUUUCCAGCCACUGACUCCUCACGACUCUUUCGUCGACCCCGACCGACGGGCCAUUGCUUUUCUUCAGAUGACCAGCGUGACAGGAAUACUUCCGAUCCUCUCUCGGAUCACCUCGGUGAGAUACCCCAAUGACCAGGUCUACGAAUCUGCCCAGCGCCCCAUAUGGGGAUCACUCUCUACCCAGACGAUCCUCAUCACCCAAGCUCCUCUCUGCAUAUCCCGUUUCUUCAAGAAUCCAAAACAUGCCACCUUCGUGGGCAAACUCCCCGCCUCUCUUUGCAAUCACACUUUUCAGCUUUCCCCCUCUGCCAACCACCAGUCCAUAGACCUGUCCACCAGCUACGCCUCCGCCCCGCUGAUGGCUAUGCCGGGCUCGAAGUGGAGAAACCCCUUACGUUUUUCAGGACCCCCUUCCCUAAACUCAGGGAAGCCUUACCACUCCUGCCCGGUUGACGACAUCCAUUGUCACACCUUCCCCACCACCCCCUGGAGGUACUGUCCUUCCCUCCCGGUUAGCACCUGCUACAAUCUCACCCUAUUCGAGCCUGACAAUGCCAGCCACCCCAUGACCCUGUCUGUGGACACCACGUACUUCAAGAUUAAACUCCAGGGACACAAAGACCCCUAUCCGCUCUUUCAGUACCAGCCCCUCAUGGGGGCAGCCCUCUCGGGACAAUAUUCCAUCUGGGAGUAUGAACCCACUGUUAAGGAAAACGGGGGUAUCACUCCGAAUAUCUUGUCCCAUCUUGUCUCCUUAACUUACUCGUUCUGUCUCAACUCCUCCGGCGUUUUCUUCCUCUGUGGAAACUCAACUUACGUCUGUCUCCCCGCCAAUUGGUCAGGCGUCUGUACCCUUGUCUUCCAAUACCCGGAUAUCGAACUCCUUCCUAACAACCAAACCAUAUCUGUGCCACUUUUUGCUACGGUUCCCUCCUCUGUCCCCGCCUCUCGCCGAAAGCGAGCCCUUCAUCUCCUUCCUCUCCUCGCCGGCCUGGGCAUUGCUUCCGCCCUCGGGUUAGGCAUCGCCAGCAUCACCACCUCAACCAUGUAUUUCCAACAGCUUUCCAAGGCUCUCUCCGACAGCCUAGACGAGAUAGCCAUGUCCAUCAUCAGCCUCCAAGACCAGAUAGACUCGCUGGCGGGCGUCGUGCUCCAAAACCGCAGAGCUCUGGACCUCAUUGUGGCUGAGAGAGGGGGCACCUGCCUCUUCCUCCAGGAAGAGUGCUGCUUCUACAUAAACCAGUCCGGAGUAGUCCGGUAUGCGGCCAGGAAACUUCAAGAAAGGGCAUCGGAACUCGGCCCAAGCUCGACCUCUUGGAUCCAGUGGCUGGGGCUUGGACCCUGGCUGCCCUCUUGGUUGACUGGCCUUCUAGGCCCCAUUCUCUUUAUCCUGCUACUGCUGGUUUUUGGGCCUUGUCUUCUUAAUUGCCUGACUCAUACAGUAUCCCGGCGAAUGAGUUCUUUCAUUCACAACACCACCAAAGGGCGCGUGGACGAGAUCCUUCUCCUUCGAGAGACCCAGUAUAAGAGACUUCCCCAAGAGCCCCCGGAGGAGGGUGCCGUCUAG